AUGACCGUUUCAACACCUUCACGUCGUAUCGACUCAACUACAACCAAUCUUGAUUUCACACCUCCCAGAACGGAGCCGCCAAGAACACCGUCUUUUCUUCGAUCAUCGUCGCGUCGUCGCAACCACAUUACUACUCCUUCACCGACAUUCGACCCACACUUAUUAACCCCUAGUCGACGACUUGCACCUGACUUGCGAGGUUCAUUGCUACGACGCCAUCAUACUACACAAGUGGAUUCCUUUUCUCCCCAUCGAGAUGACACUAUUGGCCAUGAUUCGGAUAUCUUUUCUCCCUUACGUCGCACACAAAGCUCGGUGGAUCCAAAUCGACCAAAGCAGCAACAGCAACCAUCAUCAUCACUGGCAAUGGAAGAACAAAGACAGUAUCCAUGGACACAUGCAGAUUGGAUCAGGCUAUCGAGCUAUUAUGAAAACUUGGGCCGUGAUAUGAAGAAAACGGUCAAUGUCUUUUAUCGUCAUGAGUCAUUGCAAACAUCGCCUUCCAACAAUGGAUCCCAAGAGAUUGAAGAAAAGUGGUCCGAGGAGUUUAUUCGAUAUCGCGUGUAUUGCCUUGAUGUGGUUCGACGUCGUCACAAUGAUUCAUUGGAAAAUCGAGUCCAAGCUUACGAGACUAGAAAACGAAAGCGUGAUCAAUCAUCACUUGAUUCAGCUACCAAUACCAGCAAAAACAUCAUCAACAACCUGGGUGAUAAUGAGGAGGAGGAGAAUGAGGAUAAUGAACAGCUCUUAUCCACGCCUAAACGACGUCGAACAACAAGAAAUGAAGAUGAAUCACAACCCUCCUCAUCCUCCGUACGUACACCUCGACGACGUAAAGCGGCAGCCUCUACAUCAGCACAGCAACGUGUAUAG